AUGUCGCCAACUAUUGACAGACCAGAAUACUUUGGGCUUGUGAGUCUCUUCCACAGUACACAGCUCAAGAAUGGGGCGCUCACGUAUUCCAGCACAAAGCUCGGUCAACUUCUUUUCACCUCCCAGUCAUCCACUCUCUCAUCCUCCCUCCUUCGCCUCAUCCACAGUCUCCUCCCAGAGCACAUUAAAGGUUCCGGCAAAGCAUCCGCACGGGCCAAGUGCUGCAAAGAAGUCAUCGUCAAACAAGGCUGGAGUUUGGAGGUGGCGAAAGAAGGACUGGUGGCCAUUGGGAGGAUGGAGAAAGAUCUUGAGCCUCGGCACUUGGCAAAGCUUAUUAACAUCUUCUCAAAAGAAAGUUCGCUCGUCCGUCCUGUCGCGUUUACUUUGACAAGCAUGUCUAUCGAUGGGGACGAUCAGGCGGCAGAAGAUGACGCGAUUGAAGCGUUUGACAAAGGCAAUAUGCUUCUUUACAUCGAUUCCUGGGGCUGGAGAUUCGAGUUGGGAGGCAAGCUUGGGUCAGACGUCUGCUUUAGUUAUUCUCAUCAAGACGUCCGAUCUGCCAAUAUCUCUACUUAUGACAAGGAGUCAGCCACACACGAGCUCAUAGCAACUUCACUCCUUGGCGAUACCACCACCAUCAAAUUCAAGUCCCCUUCUGCCGCUCUCAAAUCUCAUAUCGACCUUUGCGCCCCCCGCCGCAUUUCUACCCCCGAUCCAGCUGAGACGCCCUCAGCAGCAGUAAAAGACCUCGUUAAGCCUUAUCCAAAGUCUGUCAAGUCUGGAAAGAUUAUCGCGCCAGCAAAGAAGGUGGAAGAGAUGAAACGCAAGCAGCUAUUCUCUUCUAUGGGAGGGGCGCGGGGAGGGACGACGAUCACGUCGGAUGCGGAGGAUGUGUUCUCGGGGGUCGAGGAUGGUCCGAUGCCGAAGGGCAAUAGAGUGGCACCUGUUUCAAGUUUGUCCGGGGGUGAGAAGGAUGCUCAGGGUGUUAGAUACAAGGUUGAGAAACAGGCUGAGCCCAAGAAGGAGAAAGUGCCCGUCCCUUUCAAGUCCGAAGAACAAGAAGACUCCGAGUCCGAAGAUGAAAUCUUUGUCAAUCUCAGAUUCAUCUCGAGCACCCCUAAAAACGCUAUCGCAAAGACUUAUGGCAGUAAACCUUCUUCCCGCCGACCGAUGCUUGUCAAAUCGCCCAUCUUGGAUGAUCCAUCUCCCAAGUCCGGCGCCAUCACUGCUACACCAGACAAGCGAGCUCCCAAGGUGAUGAAAUCAACAAAGAAGUCAUUCACCUUACCCACAUUGACACCUGGCGGCGAAAAGGAGUCGCAGCAGACGAGGCGACUCAAGGCCAAGUCCUCAACUUUGGCGGGGGAGAUCAAGAUCGGGAGAGAGGCCACGCCGGGGUCUUUGAGAGACGGUAGUGUGGAGAGUCAUACAGACAAGCAGGUCGGCAGGACGCCGAAAGCGAAAUCUACUGUGGUCUCUGAGAAGUCUAAGAAGGCUGCGUCUUCAUCCGUCGAUACCGAACACGACGACGGCGAUUCGUCCGGCGAAAACGAGAAAUCCCCAUCUAUCCCCACUGCUCGACCCAAGACUCUGCAGUCAGCUGGGACUGAUGAGGCUUCCCCGUCUGCCGUGAAAGCUGGGAUUGUCAAGAGCAAGAAAAGAAAGACGAAAGUGGCCGCCCUCGAGGAGUCAGAGUCGGAGGCAGAGGCGCCGCUGGCCAAAACCCGCCGCUCCAAGUCCAGUGUCAAGCCGCAGAUUGCCGACUCGCCCACGUCCGAAACCGAAGCUGAAGCACCAUCUAUAUCCCCAAACCCUCGGAGGUCCAAGAGGAGCAUCCCCCAGGAUUAUCCUCGAGCCGAUCCUGAUGAGGGCAGUUCGAGCGAUAUUGGAGACGUUUCGCCUCGUACCAAACGCCGCAUCGAAUCGUCGGACGAGGAAGUGGAAGCACCGCCGAAAAAGGGGAAGAAGAUCAGAGAGGAGGUGGUGAACGAGCCAACAAUGGAAGAAGGCAACAAAGAUGAAAGUUCUACUCUAAAACCCAAGACCAAGCAAAGGGCCAAGGCAACUCUCGACAAGAAACCACGUCCCCGAGCUUCCACUACUUCGAAGGUUGAUGCCACCGUUCCUUCGGUCGCCGAUAAGACCCGUCGUUCAUCUCGCCGGGUAUCCCAUACAAGGGAACCGACACUUGACCUCAUCACGGCAUCCGAAGAAGACGAAGCCGAUGGCAGCGCUUCGAAUGACAUCCAGAAGAAGGACACAGACAUCUCGUUCGAGGACUUAAAUGCGGAAGAGGAAAAUCAUCCGGCGACAACGAUCAAAGCCUGGGCGUCAGAUGCUGAAACUGCAAGGGGUGUUGCCCCUCGAAGAUCGAUCAAGUCAUCCGCCGUGACCAAGAGGUCAUUCAAAUCAUCCCCCAAGCGCAAACGCAUUCCUUCAUUGUCCCUCGAAUCUUCCGACUCUAUUCCUGACUCUGGUUUUGAGCUUGAUCCGAUCGAAAGCUCGGCCACUUCGUCCGACGAUGGACGCGAGGAACCGUCGCCAAAGGUAGCAAAGGUCAAAAUCGGGAGCGUGAAGAAAAGUAUUGCGAAGAACGGUCGUACAAAAGAAGUGGAGAAGAAGACCGGCGCCAAAGAGAACCUCAAAAAAGACAGAUCGGCCUCGGUGAACACUACUGGGAAGGCGAAGAAAGGAGGAGAGAAGCAAGAUUUUUCUGGUUCGAAAAUGGCUAAAGAGUUCUCUGCGGCCUUGAAGAAGAAUGCUGGCAACACUCGAGCUAGAGCUCGCUAGACACAGUCGCUCAACAUUACAGGUGCACAGGUGCUACUACAAGUAUGUCUGCUGUCAUGAUGCCCAUGUUGCCUUUCCCUUUUUAGCAGCCUCUGCUGCAAAC